AUGGGUGAUUGGAGCUUCCUAGGAGAAUUCCUUGAAGAAGUCCAUAAACAUUCAACAGUAGUGGGAAAAGUCUGGUUGACUGUCCUUUUUAUCUUCCGGAUGCUUGUCCUUGGCACAGCUGCAGAAUCUUCCUGGGGAGAUGAACAGUCCGAUUUCAAAUGUGACACCCAGCAACCCGGUUGUGAGAAUGUUUGCUAUGACAAAGCUUUUCCAAUCUCCCACAUCAGGUAUUGGGUCCUUCAGAUUAUCUUUGUCUCCACACCAUCCCUGUUAUACAUGGGUCAUGCAAUGCAUACAGUGCGUAUGCAGGAGAAGAGGAAACUUAAGGAGGCCAAGGAAGGAGCAAGGACAAUCCAGAACAACUGUGACUCUUUUUCCCAGCAGGAUUACCCAGCACCAGAGAAGAUAGAGCUGUCCUGCUGGGAUGAACCCAGCGGGAGAAUAAUUCUUCAGGGCACUUUGCUGAACACUUAUGUCUGCAGUAUUUUAAUCCGUACCACUAUGGAGAUUGCUUUCAUCGUUGGGCAAUAUAUGCUCUAUGGAAUCUUUCUGGAGACCCUCUAUGUCUGCAGCCGGCAGCCUUGUCCUAAUCCAGUCAACUGUUAUAUCUCUCGGCCAACGGAAAAGAACAUCUUUAUCGUUUUCAUGCUUGUGGUAGCAGCCUUCUCUCUCUUCUUAAGCCUGGCUGAACUGUAUCACCUAGGGUGGAAGAAAGCUAAGCACACCUUGUCUCAAAAAAUCAACCCUACACCAGCAAUUGGCAAACUGGAGGGAGACUGUCAAGUGAAGACAGGUGAAAGCUGCACCCCUCCUCCAGAUUUUAAUCAGUGUUUAGCCAAUCCUACUGGGAAAUACAUCAGCCCCUUCAGUAACAAAAUGGCCUCUCAGCAAAAUACAGUCAACUUUGCAACAGAGAGGGUUCACAAUCCAGAUGAUUCAGGUGGAGAAGUCCCCUUUAUCCAAGUAAACUAUAUGCAAAAUCCAGAAGCCAGUGUAAAUUCUGCACCAAAUCUGAAUGCACCAAAUGGAUACUUUCAGAACAAACGCAGACUUAGCAAAACUAGCCACACAAGCAGUAAGGCAAGGUCUGAUGACUUGUCAGUGUGA